AUGCAACGCCGCUCGACCAAGUGCUCGCCAGGCACUUGCACCAUCUCCACCGCCGUCUCCCUCCUCCAAACCAACCGCCGCAUCCAUGACGAAGCCACCAAAGUCCUAUACGGCACCCGCACAUUCUACUUUUCGGACCAGUGGGUGAACCUAGCCAAUCGUCCCUGCAGGCAUUACAAUGCCUUUGCCGCCCCCUGCCAAGCCUGCCUCAUGCAUGAGCGCCUUGUCAACGAGCUCCGACGCGUCGGAGAUGGCAAUUAUGCCUAUUGGGACUUCUACGAGAGGACGAUGCACACGGGGAUCCUGGCUUGUGAGAUUCUAUUCAUGCAUAUCUGGCUGAAACAGAUCGGGGCCAGGAACCGCGGACUCAUCACCAAGGUGCACCUCCAUUUUGGGGGGAAGCAGUUCACGAAUGUGCCUUCGGAUGAUCCGUUUGGUGGAGAUUUGCUGGGACAUUUCGUCGAUGGGAGAGCGAGCAUGAGGGCUGUGAAUGGGGGACGUCCGUUCCCGAAGUAUCCGUUUGAUGGCGCGGUCUUGGUGAAGGCGUUGAGGAUGUUGGCGGGCGGUGAGCAUUCGUUGCAGAAAUUGACCAUCACGAUGUGGAGGCCCGAUGAGGGCUUUGAUAAGUUCUCCGUGAACGAGCUGGCGCCGAGCGUCCGUAUGCAGAAAGCAUACUAUGGGCUGUUCGGGCCGGGGAGCCAGGUGAAGGCGGGGUUGUGCAGUUUUGGGAAGUUGAAGGAGGGGUUUGAGUUUGGCGUUCGUGUGCCGGGGAUGGAGAAGGGGGUGUAUGAUGCUGUGGGCGAUAUGCCGGGGAAUUGUGGGGAUGCGGCGGGGGCUGGGAGGAUGAGGGAGCAGAAGCAGGUGUUUGAUGCAUUGGAGCCGGCGAGGAAGGGUCUGAAGGAGUUGGAGAAGAAGCUUGGUGGGGAGGUGGAGAAACGAAGGAUUCUCUGCACAGGGUUUAGCUGCUUUGGGGCGCAGCUUGUGCAUUUGCAUCCGGUGCUGAGGGGACAGGGAAUGUCGACUCUUGAAGAGACUAACGUACUAGCUAUCAGCCAGUCAACUGCGGACGGUUGGAUCAGCUCCGACAUGCAUGCGUCAGCAAGAAGACCAAGAGAGCUACUCGUUGAAUCAGACCUGAUUUGGGUGGAAAAGGGGGAUAAUCUUGCGAGUUACCAGUAUUCAUGGCCAUGA